GGUAUUUCAGUAGUAAAAUUCUGGUACCUUCCGAUCCUUGGUUUUUUGAUGCAGGAACCACCAGUGGGAUCUCGCCUAAUCUAUGUAGAAGACUGCCUUAUCUAGUGUACCUAAAUUAUCUAACCUUAUGUACCUACCUUGGGUGUGCCUACCUUACCUAAAGUAGUAUACCUAGGUACCUAACCUUCCUUGUUAUCACCAAGUACAAACAUCUUUUCUAUUUCUAUCCCUCUCCCUUUUACAUAAAAUUAAAUUCUCCGUCGGCGAUACACCUCCCUAUCAACUUCGGUUACGUCACUUGCAUCGUGUCACAAAACUUGGCUAUCUACCUAAGGUAUCUAUCUAAUUCAUCCAUGUUGAGAUCCUGGGUGCAUAAUUCGCUGGGUUACGCGUUUGGGUUAAGCAUUGGGCGGAACUGGUACACUUGAAGGAGUAUUAAUGGAAUUACAUGAUAUCUCACCACACUACUCCUAAUCACAACGGGGGAUUUGAAGAACUAGCAAGGGCUUAUUUCGGGCUUUGAAAAUAAGACCAAACACCUGCGUUUGGGUUAUAUCAAGGAAAAGAGGGACAAGUCAAGAAAGGUCAACCAAGAGAACAACGAACAACUUACCAUGGCUCCCCUAGGGAAUGAGAAGAACCAGCUAUUCCUGGGCUUGUUCAUACACAGCGUUAAGCUCGGCGAGCUCCAAUAUCUGCACGACACCGCGGUCUGCGUGGACAAGUCUGGCAAGAUCGUUGCUGUCGAGCAGCAGUACGAUCAGAAGAAAGCCGAGGAGAUUUUAUAUCCCAAGCUAGGCUGGGAAACAGACGAUGUCACCGUCACAGCAGCAAAAGACGGCCAAUUCUUCUUUCCUGGGUUUAUUGACACCCAUAUUCACGCGCCGCAGUAUCCUAACGUGGGUAUAUUCGGCAAGUCUACGCUCUUGGACUGGUUAAACACUUACACUUUUCCCAUGGAAGCAUCCCUCUCCUCACUCCCUAAAGCUCGCAGAGUAUAUACACGCUGUAUUCAGCGAACCCUAGCCCACGGCACCACCACCGCAGCCUACUAUGCCACAAUCCACGUGCCGUCCACAAACCUCCUCGCGGACCUAUGCCUUUCCCUAGGCCAGCGCGCCUUCGUCGGCCGCGUGUGUAUGGACAACCUCGGUCCAGAUUACUACCUCGAUGAAUCACCCUCACAGUCCCUAGCCGCGACACGUGCCACCAUCGACCACAUCCGCAGCAUCGACGCGGACUUCGACCUCGUAAGCCCGAUUCUAACGCCCCGUUUCGCGCCCGCAUGUAGCGUAGAUGCCAUGACCCAGCUCGGCGCUCUGCACCAGGAAACCGGGCUUCCGAUUCAAACGCAUAUUGCGGAGAAUGUUGACGAGCUGAAGCUCGUGCGAGACAUGUUUCCCAACAGCAAGCACUACGCCGAUGUGUACGACCGCUUCGGGUUGCUAGGCAAGCGCACGAUCCUCGCACAUGCGAUUCACUUAAGCGCGGAGGAGGUCGACCUUGUCGCGACCCGCGGCUCCAAGGUCUCCCAUUGCCCCUGUAGUAACUCCGCGCUGACGAGCGGCGUGGCACCUGUGCGCUGGCUGCUGGAUAAGGGGGUUGGCGUAGGCCUCGGCACCGACGUCAGCGGCGGAUACAGUCCCAGCGUACUCUAUGCCGCGCGCCACGCCGUCCUCGUGUCGAAUCAUCUCGCUAUGCCGCCACGGGCCGGGAAGAAGCACCCGAACCCGGAAGCCGAUACGACUCCUAAAGAUGACCGCGAGCUAGCCCGACUAAGCGUCGAGGAAGUACUGCACCUAGCUACGCGAGGCGGUGCCGAAGUUGUCGGGCUAGGAGAUAAAAUCGGCGGGUUCGAAGUAGGCAAGGAAUGGGACGCGCAGCUAAUCGGGCUCGGGCUCGUUCCCGAGGAAGACGACGGCACGGAAUCAAAACAAGACGAGGAAGACCAAGGCCAGGGCCAAGAUACCGGAAACGUGGAUAUCUUCGGCUGGGAGCGAUGGGAAGACCGCGUCGCGAAGUGGAUGUUCAACGGCGACGACCGGAACGUGAAGAAAGUCUGGGUGCGCGGACGGCUUGUGCAUGAGCGAAGAUAGAGCGAGCGAUACCUGGCGCGAUUCGCCUUAGCUUACAUUAGAUAAUGUGCGAUACAUAGCUGAAUAUAUAGACAAAGCGUGUUUAUACAUACA